AUGCCGGAUUGGAUGAGUACAUUUCCAGGAUAUCAACAAUUCCUAGCUUAUGCUAAACUGGCUUUUGGAGGAUUAAUUCAAACAGGACCAGUUCCAAGACAUGUUGGUAUAAUUAUGGAUGGGAAUAGACGUUAUGCAAAAAGUCAUAAAAUCGAAAUAAAAGAAGGUCAUAGUCUAGGAUUUGAAACUAUGGCAAGUGUAUUAGAAUUAUUAUAUGAAUCUGGAGUUGAUACUGCUACAGUUUAUGCAUUUUCAAUUGAGAAUUUUAAACGACUGAAAUAUGAAGUUGAAUGGUUAAUGGAUUUAGCAAAAUCAAAAUUUAAACAACUUCUUGAACAUGGUCAAUUAGCGGAAAAAUAUGGAGUUAGAAUAAAAAUUAUUGGUAAUAGACACAUGCUACCUCAAGAUGUAUUAGAAGUUUUACAAGAAGUUGAAGAAAUGACUAAAGAUCAUAAAAGAGCUACAUUAAAUGUUUGUUUUCCAUAUACUUCAAGAGAUGAAAUGACUCAUCUGAUAAAACAAACAGUUGAAGAUUCAACAAAUCAACCUAAUAUCCUUAUUUCUCAACAAUAUUUGAAUGAUAAUUUGUAUACAAAGGAAGCACCUCCAUUAGAUUUAUUGGUUAGAACAUCGGGCACUUAUAGACUUUCUGAUUUUUUAUUAUGGCAAUGUGUUUCACCUGAUUGUACUAUAGUAUUUAUUGAUAAAUUAUGGCCUGAGUUUCAACCAUGGGAUAUGGCCAAGAUGCUUAUUAAUUGGAGUUUUAAUAAAUAUUGGUAUGGGCAUGCUAAUGGAUAUUUAUUAACCGAGCAUAAUAAAGUAUCGAAACUGCAAAAGGAAUCCCAAGAACAGUCAUCAGAAGCAAUUACAAAUAACAAUACAGAAUUGCGUACCAAACAAGAUUAG